AUGACGGAUAAAACAACAGAUUCAACAACAACAGCAUUAUUAAUAGAACAUUUUGGUUUCGCACCAUUAAAACUAAUAGACGAAGUAAUUAAUGCAAUAAAUCAAAUAACAGGUAAAGGAAUAGAAGCUUUAGAGGAGUACUUAUUAAACUUACAGAAUAAACAAAAACUAGAAGCCACACAACAAACAACAGAUGAAAUUUUCACAGGAUCAGCUAAACUUGAAUCUUUAUUACAAUUCAAAAUUGAUAUAUUCUUUGAUAAAUUUGAAUUAUAUUCAUUAGGUAACAUAUUCCAUAUCCCACAAGAUUUAGUAGAUGAUGGACUAAUAAAACUUAAGCAUCAUGAAGGAAUUCACGUUGAAACUCUUAAACUGAUUCAAUUACAAAAAGAUGAAUAUGAUUUCAAAAUUUUACAAAUUUAUGAAUUAAUUGAAAAAGAACUUAUAAAACGAAAACUUUAUAAUUUACAAAUUGUCAAAUGUGAAAAAAUACUAUCAAAUUUAAGAACAAUGAAGAGUCAAUUACUAGCUAUUAAUAAUUUACAAAAAGAUGGGGAAAAAUCAUCAAAAGAUAUACUAAGAAAUCUUAAACCAAUAGAUGAAACUUUGGAAUUUUUUUAUAACCAACUAAAACUAAUCAUAUUACAAAUUGAAACUCUAAACACCAAACUAGACUCAAAACCUUCUAAUACUGCUUCAAUACAUAAAUUUUCAAUGAGUUCAAGAAAUAAAUUUAUUGAUUUAAGAAUGAAGAAAAUUAUGAAUGAUUUGAAUUUGAAAAUACCGACUCCACCUCCUUCACCUCCUUCAAGUAAUGAAGAAAAUGAAGAAAAAGAAUCAGCUAGUAAAGAAAUUGAUGAAGAUAUUGAGGUUGAUACUGAUUAUGAUGUUGAUUUGAAAAAAAUUACGGAUUUAGAUGUUAUGAAACAGAUUAUGUCCAAAGUUGAUACCUCGUGA